AUGCAUGUCACUAUGAUUGAUGCGAACAAAGUGCACCACUUUGGCGACUGGAUGAGCCGGAUGAAAGAACAUACUCGCCCAGCAUCUGAUCAGCACGACGGCAUUCCCUGGGAAAAUCGCGUCAUUAGCAUGAAUUUGGACAACCUUUCGUGGAUGCAAGACAUUGGCGCCUAUCCAUAUCUUGACACGUCACGCAUGCGGACUGUUGAGCGCAUCCGCGUGUGGGACGGACUUACAGGCGCAGCAGCGGAAUUUGGAUCAGGGCAGCAGGCGCUUAGCUCCAUGGUUGAGUUAUCGAAUUUGCAACAGGCACUAUACCGGUUUGUGCAAGCGCAUUUGCCGAGUAGUCGAGUGACGCUGGAUAUUCUCGAUCAGACCAAGGUACAAGGCAUUGAAGCUGACACGUCAGAAGACUGGCCACGAGUCUCGGUUGCCAAUGCGGCUGGAGAGUCAACGACUAUCCGCACACGACUUCUGGUGGGUGCAGAUGGAAACAACUCUCCCGUGCGCAAGUUUGCGGGCAUUGAGAGCUUUGGCUGGCCGUAUGGGUGCAAAGGCCUUGUGGCAACACUGAGAAGUGGGCUCCAUACACGAAGUGCCGAGCCUAUCGUCGAUACCAUGGCAUGGCAACGAUUUUUACCAACGGGCACACUGGCAUGUCUCCCUCUGUCGCCAACAACCGCCACUAUAGUAUGGGCACUCCCACCUGAACUCAGCGAUCCACUCGUGGCUAUGCACCGCUCUGCUCCUGUUCGAGAAGAUGGUACAUCGAGUGUGCUGGCCACACUUGUCUCAGCAGGCUUCCGGCUUCCAUGGAACUUGUUGGAGCCACUGCUGUAUGAGGCCCCGAACAUCGAGCCACGUGUGUUUGAACAGCGUGUCCUCGAGACAAUGAAGUCUUACGAACAGGCGGCUGGUGCUCAAGCACCCAGUGCAUUUUCAAGUGCUGUGCCACCAUGGGGUGAUGCUGUUGAUGCACGAAGCGUUGCGAGUUUCCCUCUUCAAGUCAAGCAUGCUGGCUGUUACUUGGGCAGCAGUCUAAACCAACAGCUGGGCCAAAGUCUUGCACCAUCAGUACUCUUGAACAGUGUCCUGACGACCUUGGGUCUCACGCCUGGUGGCGCUGCACGCGGUGGCGGUCAAGCCCGCACAGUUCUUGUGGGCGAUGCCGCUCACUCGACGCAUCCGUUGGCAGGUCAAGGCCUGAAUCUUGGCAUCCAGGACGUGCGCGCUCUUUGUGCUACGUUGGAAGAUGCAUGUGCUCACGGUAUGGACAUUGGCACUCACAGUGCUCUGGCCGGCUAUGAACGUGCACGAUACUUGCCAAACCAAAUCAUGCUUAGCCUGACAGACCAUUUACACUGGCUUUUUGCUACUCGACCUGCGUCGGCCUACACAAGCCCCAUGGGUCCUUUGCACAAGGCCGUGCGUGAACAGGCACUCAAAGCUCUUGUGUGGGCACGUUCAACAGGUCUAGAUAUCGUGAAUGAACUUGGUCCUUUGAAGCGACUUCUUGAAAAUGGCGCUGGUUCCAUUCGCACGCCGAAACAAGAAUGA